AAGUUCGAGGCCUGCGAUUCUCAACCAUUUCUUUUGAACUAUCCCAUCAGAUACAGUAGCGGCACCUGCUUCUUUCUCUCUCGUUGCUUCUCAUUCGCUUCUUCAUCCUUUUCUAUGGCGUCUCUUUUGGAAAAACCUCUUCCGGUUUCCGUUCAGAACAUCAAUCCUAAGGUUCUGAAAUGUGAAUAUGCUGUUCGUGGUGAGAUUGUCGUCCUUGCUCAGAAACUGCAAGAAGAGCUACUGUCUAAACCAGGCUCACAUCCUUUUGAUGAGAUACUGUACUGCAAUAUAGGAAAUCCUCAGUCCCUUGGUCAGCAACCAAUAACAUUUUUCCGUGAGGUUCUUGCAUUAUGUGACCAUCCAUCUUUACUGGAUAGAAGUGAAAUUCAGGGUUUGUUCAGUGAAGAUGCCAUUAAGCGAGCUUCACAAAUUCUGAAACAAAUUCCUGGGAAAGCAACUGGUGCUUACAGCCAUAGUCAGGGUAUUAAGGGGCUGCGCGAUGCAAUUGCUGAUGGAAUUGAAGCUCGUGAUGGGUUUCCUGCAGAUCCUAAUGAUAUAUUUUUAACAGAUGGUGCAAGCCCUGCAGUCCAUAUGAUGAUGCAAUUGCUAAUAAGUUCAGAGAAAGAUGGAAUACUCUGUCCCAUUCCUCAGUACCCUCUGUACUCUGCUUCUAUAGCUCUUCACGGCGGUACUCUCGUCCCCUACUAUCUUGAUGAAGCAUCGGGAUGGGGAUUGGAAAUUUCUGAUCUGAAGAAGCAAUUGGAGUCUGCCAGGUCAAAGAAUAUUUCCGUUAGAGCAUUGGUGGUUAUAAAUCCCGGAAAUCCUACAGGGCAGGUGCUCACUAAGGAAAACCAAGAGCAAAUAGUGGAGUUCUGCAAGCAAGAGGGCCUCGUUCUUCUGGCAGAUGAGGUAUAUCAAGAAAAUAUUUAUGUUCCAGACAAGAAGUUCCACUCUUUUAAGAAGAUUUCACGCACCAUGGGUUAUGGUGAAAAGGACAUCUCCUUAGUAUCAUUCCAGUCUGUCUCUAAAGGAUACUACGGUGAGUGUGGAAAACGGGGAGGUUACAUGGAGAUUACUGGGUUUAGUGCUGAUGUAAGGGAACAAAUAUACAAAGUGGCAUCCGUUAAUCUUUGUUCUAAUAUUUCCGGCCAGAUUCUUGCUAGCCUUGUUAUGAACCCACCAAAGGUUGGGGAUCACAUCUAUGAAUCGUAUUGUGCAGAGAGAGAUGGCAUCCUCUCGUCUCUGGCAAAGCGUGCAAAGACAUUAGAAGCUGCAUUCAAUAGUUUAGAAAACGUAACAUGCAAUAAAGCAGAAGGCGCAAUGUACCUAUUCCCUCGUAUUGAGCUGCCUGAAAAGGCAAUAAAAGCAGCAGAAGCUGCAAAUACGGCUCCUGAUGCAUUCUAUUGCCGCCAACUUCUCCACGCCACUGGAAUAGUUGUCGUCCCCGGUUCUGGCUUUGGGCAGGUGCCCGGUACAUGGCACUUCAGGUGUACAAUACUACCCCAAGAGGGAAAGAUCCCGGCCGUCGUCUCUCGCCUGACCAACUUCCAUAAAGCAUUCAUGAACGAAUAUCGCGACUAAGUUCCAGACUAUCCAAAGCACUGGGGACUCACCAGGUGCAACCAAUUCCCCAUAUUUCUUGGAAAAUACGAUGUGUCGAAGCAUGUUAUGUUUUUUAUUUUUGGGCUAAUGAAUAAUGUGGGAUCGGUGAACUAAAUAACUUAUCAAGGCACAAGGUCUUUCUGUGCCCCUUGAAAAUUUUGAUUGUUCAGCGAAGUAUCUUAUCUUUAAAUAGAGAAUGAAUACAUCAAAGCAGUUAUACAGCCUACAGGCUAAUUGUAAGGCAA